AUGAAAGCAACCAAACUUUCAUUCCCUACGCUUCAUUGCCGGCCAUUUUCUUCCACAUCGCCACGCCACAGAGGGCGCGUUAACCUAAUAAGUACUGUGGCAGCAAGCGGGGGAACAAGGGGACGAGAUCACUGGGGCAGGCUUGUGGAUGAGAACAUGAUUGUGCUCCGGUUGCGGAUUAGGGAGAUGAAGAUCUCAGAGACGAAUUACGAUCCACCUUUGAACUGGAUGGAGUGGGAGAAGCAAUAUUCUUUGCGUUACAACGAGGAUAUUUCUGAAGCAUUAGGGUUGCUGCAAAAUUAUUUGAUGAAUACUAGGCCAGGUUUGGCUUUUGGGAUGGUGGCAGUUGUUUUUUUGAGUGUACUCAUAUCUUCUGGGGUGGCCUUGAUUCAUGCAAUAGAGAUAGCUAAGAGGAUCUUAUCGAUCUGGGUUUAA